AUGGCUACUGCUGCAUACCUUGCCCCAUCCAAUGGAAAGAAGUUUACACUUCAAGAAGUCGCAAAACAUAACACUGAGGACAAUGCAUGGGUCAUCAUUAACGAUCGAGCGGGUGGCAAACGUAUCUUGCUCAGUGUUGCGGGAAAGGAUGCAACUGCACAAUUCGCCAAUUUCCACAAUGUCGCUGCUGUUCUAGCUACAAAGGCCAAUGCCUUAUACAUUGGUGAUUUGGAUCAAGCUCACAAGGAAGCUCCCAAACCUAAAGGAGAACUUUUCGGUGAACUGAUUCCCUAUGGAGACCCCAGCUGGUAUCAAGGAUGGAAGACUCCCUACUACAAGGAGUCCCACAAGCGAUUAAGGGAUUACAUGAGAGAUAUCGUUGAUACUCACCUGAUUCCCUAUAACGAUGUGUGGGAAGCUGACGGCCAAAUUCCCAAGUCGGUCUACAAGCUUUUCGGAGAACUUGGUUUGCUGACUGCUUUUACUGGUGUGAAGCCAUGGCCAAGUUCCUACAUUGACACACCUCCACCAGUUGGAAUCAAGCCUGAAGAAUGGGAUGCAUUCCAUUGGAUGAUCUGCUUGGAUGAACUAGCACGUGCUUACUCGCCCGCUCGACAACAACUCACUCUUGGUCCAUCAAUUGCAUUACCGGCUAUCAUUGGCAAGAUUUGCUUUGGUAAUGAUUUCCAAAGAAAGGAGAUUAUGCCACAAGUUAUGUCAGGAAACAAGACAGUCUGUUUGUGUAUUUCAGAGCCCUAUGCUGGCUCUGACGUGGCAAACAUUACAACAACUGCAGUCAAGACUGCGGACGGCAAGCAUUAUAUCGUCAAUGGCGAGAAAAAGUGGAUUACAUGUGGUAUGCAAGGCGACUACUUUGUCACUGCCUGUAGAACUGGUCCACCUGGAUCCGGAGCAAAUGGAAUUUCAGUUCUAAUUGUUGAACGUGGUCCUGGGUUGAAGACUCGAUCGCUACCAACGCAGCAAGGAACAGCUGCCGGAACUGCCUAUGUGACGUAUGACAAUGUAAAAGUACCAGUGCAAAACCUGCUGGGUGAAGAGAAUAAGGGAUUCAAGGUCUUGAUGAACAACUUCAACAAGGAACGUAUCUCAAUUGCUAUAAAUGCUUCACGUAAUGCGCGUGUUUGCGUUGAAGUCGCCAUGAAAUACGCCAACAAACGUAAAACUUUCGGCCAAUACUUGAUAGAGCACGGUGUCAUUCGAAACAAGGCACGGCAAAGGUUUGGUCAUAUGUCGCGUAUGGUUGAAGCUACACACGCUUGGAUUGAGCUUGUCAUAUAUCAAUGGGACAAUAUGACUCCUGCUGAAUCCAAUUUGAAGCUGGGUGGAUCUAUCGCUUUACUCAAAGCGCAAUGCACUCAAACUCUAGAACUAUGUGCCCGUGAAGCUUCUCAGAUAAUGGGUGGAAUUGCCUACACCAAAGGUGGCCAAGGCGGAAUUAUUGAAAGACUGUACAGGUCUGUUCGAGGCGCCGCCAUUCCUGGUGGAUCCGAAGAAAUCAUGUUGGAUUUUGGUGUCCGACAAGGUUUAAAGACUGCCAGAGCUCUUGGUGCAAAGAUUUAA